GUUGUCUAAAAUCACAAGGCUCCUGUAGUAUUGGGAAGCCCGAUCAUUUCCUCCAAGUCAAAUUCAACAUGGCCGCCGACUGGGUGGUGGACGCUGGUACAUUUUAGGCAAAAACUCGCUAAUCUAGCACACGAAAUGUCAUGAAACGAUCAGGAAAUGUGGAAAAUGUCCUGCUUAUUUCGUUUAUGACCAUAGAUUUUAUUUUGAUGACUUUAAACCUGGUUGACGCUGUUUAGUAUGACCCGUGCAUAGCCAUAAGAAGGCACCCAUUCUAAUGGAGUUUUUAAGUGCAUGGAGUGUUUUUAGCCAGUAAUUUUAACUUGGAAUAAAGUAUUUGGGUUGAAUUACUCACUGGCCUAUUUUUGAUUGUCUCCUUGGCGUUUGUAAACGUCAUGUUAUAGGUGACUCAAGUUCGAAUCGGCGGACCGAAUAAACUGAUCUCAGUAUACAAUUCAAGAUGGUGGAAACUAGAUUUUGAGCUAAAAUCUGUCUGCUGCUGUUUCGCCACUUUCGUCCUCCAUUCCGCAAUUUUCAACGUAGAAAGGAAUCCUGAUACAAGAAGUCCAUAAUGGGAGCAAUUAUUUCGAGAUGGCGGAAAAAGCCAACAACCAUCGAAAAGUUGGAAGAAAUUGACAAGGAAAUGGAAUCUCUGCACAAACUCCGUCGCCAGAACCUUCAGAGUCAGAAGAGAGUUAUUGGUCAGCUCAUCCUGUGGUCAAUCGUCAUAUACGUUGCCAUUGCCUUGCUAUUCUAUUUCUGCUAUUUUCCUAAGAAUUGGAAGGAGCGCCUAAUACACACGACACCUCUGUUGUUCUUCCCACUCUUGAUUUGGUUAGCCAAAAGAGUGCUACAUUGGUACUUUGUGAAGAGAAUAGCAAAAAAUGAAUCACUUUUACAAGAGCUUCGUGAUAAGAAAAAAGAAAUACUUGAAGAUGUGAAAGAAAAUGAAACUUAUAAAAAAGCCAAAGAAAUCCUUGAAAAGUUUGAUCCUGAAUCCUUUAAAAAGCUCGAGCCGUUGACUCCUCCCGGUACAGUGCCACAGAAGACGCCAGGCACAGGUCUCAGGCAGCGAUCUCCACAAUCAGUACAAGGCACGGCAAACCGGCCAGGGCCGAUUGGUCCAACACCACGUGGUCCGCGACCCAUGGGGCCAGGACCAAUAACAAACCAACAGUCGGCAAUGAUGGCUCAGUCGAUGCAGCGGAAUGGACCGGGUCAGGGACCAAGGCCAGUCUCUUCUGUUUACCCCUCUGGACCACCUCCCCAGCUGCCACGACCCAUCCUACCCCGGGAGAGGGGCGCAGUCGAUAAACUAGUUGAAUAUUUAGUAGGCGACGGACCACAGAAUCGCUAUGCCUUGAUCUGCCGCUACUGCUCAUCGCACAAUGGGAUGGCCUUGAAAGAAGAAUUUGAAUAUAUGUCUUUUAAAUGUUGCUAUUGCUUCAUGUUGAAUCCUGCCAAAAAGCAACGGCUAAGUGCGCCCCGCCUACCGGAGUAUACACCACUGCUGGCGCCAGUGCAGCCAAAACAGCUGUUUAUGAAGAAAAAAGAAGGUUCAGAAGAUGGUAGCGUUGAAUCUGGUGCCACUGAUAGUGAACGGGAGGAGACAAGCAGUCCUGAUCUUGAGGCACCAGAAACCAGUCGAGGUAGUACACCAGAACAUCAGAGAAGUAGUCGUGGUGGUACGCCUGAUGCGGAAGUUCAGGUGGGAACGAAUGGUCAUAUCGCAGCAGCUGAUCCAGACUUAGGGGCUCCAGGGGACACACCCGUGCAGGUCAGCCGUGAGACACCAGAAGAUUUAAUAGAUGAAGGUUUUACGGUCUUGGAACCAGAAUCAAAUUCUGGCCAAGAAAUAUCAGCAGACGAUACGGAAAACAUUCCCGAAAAUCAGGAGAGUGACAAUCUAAAAUCAGAAGAGGACAAAAAGACUGAUUGAUUAACGUGUUUUCUUGAUGUUCACUGUCAGACCAAAAGCAUUUCGAGAAUCUUUUCUCUCUAAAAUUGUGAUUUUUCUCUUCCGAUAGUGCUGAAGAAAAUGGAAAGUGUAUUAUUAGAAAGUUUAAAUUCACUUGCUUAAGUGUCCAUGUUAUUGUAUUUGAAUGGAUAAGUUGACAUUGGUGUCAUUAAGACCGACCAGGCCUUUAGAAUGAGUUUGUUAAGUAUCUAGGAGCACAACAUGACUAUAUCUAAUAUCACAUCCAGUAUUUUUGCCCUUGUUUCAUUUCUUGCUACAGAAAUGUCCAAACGCAGUCCGUAUAUUUUUUGACAUUUGGCUUGUUUGACAACAUAUCGAAGACACUGCUCGAAAUUUGGCACUUGUUGGCAGUGUUCCACUUCUCGUGGCUGUUCUUGUCGAGUUGUAUGAUGGGCGGCCUCUGCUUGCCUUUGUGUGUCAGUGCAGACAUCAAGUUAUAUCAAGCAAUGUUACAUGUAAAGCUGUGAACCAACUACAUGGCUGUGUGCUAUUACAUGAUUUGUACUAAAGGUAUGUUUAACUGCAUGAGUAUUAACCACUCAAGAAAUGCAUAAUCUGUGAAAAGUUUCUUACUAAUAAUAACUAAAUGAUAAUAUA